AUGGCGUUCCUAUUCCGAAACAAGCAGAAGAACAACCUCGAGCUUACCCGCUCCAUCAAAGAGCUUACGUUGCGGCUAGGACAGGAGGAUAAACCCAACCCCAAGCUGGAGGAAGGACUAGCACUAGACCUGCAGCAGAUGAAGAUUAGGCUUCAGGGCACACCCGACACAGAAGUAAAUCCCGAGGCUGUCUUCCAGCUGCUCACGAGUAUCCUAAACGAAGACCUACUCUACGCGCUAGCAAUCAACAUCCACAAGCUCCCAUUCGAAUCACGAAAAGACGCCCAGGUCAUAUUCUCGACCGCAUUCCGCUACAAGCCCGCCGGGCAGGCCACACCACAAGUCCUAGAGCACGUCGUCGCAUACCGACCGGAUAUCAUAAUAGCGCUAUGUCGAGGCUACGAUAGGCGGGAAAGCGCCAUGCCAUGUGGUGGCAUUCUGCGCGAGGCACUCAAAUACGAUGCGAUUGCUGCGCUGCUGCUCUACGACGAGCCAAUGGAGGAUGGCCAGACGCUCGACUUGGGCAACGUGAACCCGGAUCUACCAGCCACCGGCAAUGGUGUCUUCUGGAAAUUCUUUGGGUGGAUAGACAAGGGCGCAUUCGAAGUCAGCGCAGACGCAUUCAACACAUUCAGGGAAAUCCUGACAAAGCACAAGCCAUUAGUGGCUACGUUCCUCCAAACGAACUUCGACGCCUUCUUCUCGAAAUACAACUCGAUGCUGGUCCAGUCGGAGAGCUAUGUGACGAAGCGCCAGUCGAUCAAGCUUCUGGGCGAGAUUCUUCUCGACCGGGCGAACUACAACGUUAUGACGCAAUAUGUGGAUUCGGGGGAGCAUCUCAAGAUCAUCAUGAAGUUGCUGCGGGACGACAGGAAGAUGAUCAACUACGAGGGCUUCCACGUCUUCAAGGUGUUUGUUGCCAACCCGAAUAAAUCAGUCGCAGUGCAACGCAUCCUUAUCAGCAACCGGGAGAAGCUACUGCGCUUCCUGCCGUCGUUCCUAGACGAUCGGACAGAGGACGAGCAGUUCAUCGACGAGAAGAGCUUCUUGAUCCGGCAGAUCGAACAGCUGCCCUCAGCACCAGUAAUGCCGCCGACACCGACAUAG